AUGUUGCACUAUCUGUACACCAUAUAUAGAACUAUCUCCCUCUUUCUCUUUUCUCUUUCUCUCUCUUUUUUCUCCGUAGCAAAUAUUUUAUUCAAUAAAUUGCCUUUUACAUACUUGAUUCUAAUAUCUUCAUUCCCUUUUUACUCCUUCUCUCUCUCUCUCUCUCUCUCUCUCUCUUUCUUACCUAUUCUACUUUUCAUUUGUCUUUCCCUAAAUCACACUGACAUCUUCCCCUUUUUCGUUAUUUCCCAUUCCCUCUCUGUCUCCAUUACUAGAAGUGCUUUUAUUUCAUUCUCUUUCUCUCUCUCUCUUUUUUUUUUUUCUCUUUUACAUCUUCCGCCUUACUCCUACUCUCUUUUUCAUUUUCUCCCCGUUUCUCAUUCUAUUUCUAUCUCUUCCUCUUUCUCCAUUCUUUUCUCUUUUCUCUUUCUUUCUUUCUUUCUUUCUUUUUUCUUUCUUUCUUUCUUUCUUUAUUUCUUUCUUUCUUUCUUUCACUCUCUCUCUCUUCACUCGUUCCUUCCUAAUCAUCACAAUUUCCUUUUUGUUUUUAUUUUUCCGUCCUUUUCUUUUCCGUCCUUUUCUUCUCGCCUUUACUUUUUUUCUCUCGCCUUCUCCUCAAUUCGUAUCUUUCUCCGUUCUAUCGCUUUCUAUGUUUUUUGUCUCGCCUCUCCUUAUCUUUCUGUUUCCUCUCACAAACAUGGCACUCUGAAUAUAUCCCCUCCCUCUCUCUCUCCCUCUCUCUCUCUCUCUCUCUCUCUCCCUCUCUCUCUCUCUCUCUCCUCUCUCUCUCCCUCUCUCUCUCUCUUACUCUGA